AUGAUCAAUGGCAUACUGGUAGCUUGCCUCACCGGAUACGGAUAUGUUGAAAGAUCGGCUGCUCGGCAGGCGCAUUUCAUAUGUGGAGAGAUGGCCGUAGUCGGGAAGCAUUACACAUGCUUUCAAGACAACACGAGUGGAGCAUAUGUAACCCUCACUGACAUUCCAAAUCAUGUUGUCACCUUUAUAAAUGGCGUAAUAGAAGAGAUGAACGGGGAAGUGACUAUAACUGCGAAGUAUGUUUGGAUUUUUAUGAAUGAUGUAUUGCGGCGGUACUUUUCUACACCUUUAUGGACGACAUCGCGUGAAAUGCAGAUAUCACAUGUGGGCACGUCAGCUCCUGAUAACAAGGAGAAGCAAACUCUUGCUACUAUCUUGAAACAGAGCCAAGAAGUUGUGGUGAAACAGGAAGAGCUCGGGGAUGACGAACUCAAGGCAUCUACUUCAUCGUCACAUAUUAAGGUUGUUUUUAUUCUUCUUGCACCCGGACUCGGGCCGUUCGUCGUUCCAGACAUCACUCUUGCGGUGAAAUCGGAGAAUCCAAAACACGUGUGCUCUUUUAUUCAUGUCUUCAUGUCACUUAUUGUAUGA